CAUAUCCCAGUUCCCGAGAUAACGUUCUCCGGGUGGGUGUGUUGUUGUAAUGGUGGUGACAGUUAGACAUUGAAUGACUUUGGCUCCAUCACAGCAUUGCAGCAGCGGUUUCAUUUGUUUAAUUGUCCCCAAUCGUUGAGUUUCUUCCGUGAACAUGGAUGCUCUGAUCCCGGUCAUAAACAAGCUGCAGGAUGUGUUCAACACGGUCGGAGCAGACAUUAUACAGCUGCCGCAGAUAGCAGUGGUCGGAACCCAGAGCAGUGGAAAGAGCUCUGUGCUGGAGAGCCUGGUUGGCAGAGACCUGCUGCCCCGUGGGACCGGUGUCGUUACCAGGCGACCGCUGAUCCUGCAGCUGGUCCACGUGGACCCUGGGGACGGCAAGAAGUGUGACGAGAACGACUGCAGCAUGUGGAAGAACCCUGUCCAUUCUAAAGAUGGCAGAGAAGGAGAAGACUGGGGAAAGUUUCUACACACCAAGAAUAAGAUCUUCACAGAUUUUGAGGAAAUCCGACAGGAGAUUGAAAAUGAAACCGAGAGAGUGUCAGGGAGCAAUAAGGGGAUCAGUGAUGACCCCAUCCACCUCAAAAUCUUCUCCCCCCACGUCGUCAACCUCACGCUGGUCGACCUGCCAGGCAUCACCAAGGUGCCCGUGGGCGACCAGCCCCAGGACAUCGAGGUCCAGAUCCGGGAGCUCAUCCUCAAGCACAUCUCCAACCCCAACUGCAUCAUCCUGGCCGUCACCGCCGCCAACACGGACAUGGCCACCUCCGAGGCCCUGAAGGUGGCCCGCGAGGUGGACACCGACGGCAGGAGAACGCUGGCGGUGGUGACCAAGCUGGACCUGAUGGACGCCGGCACCGACGCCAUGGACGUGUUGAUGGGCCGGGUCAUCCCCGUCAAGCUGGGCCUCAUCGGGGUGGUCAACAGGAGCCAAUUGGACAUCAACAACAAGAAGACUGUGGCCGACGCCAUCCGUGACGAACACGCCUUCCUGCAGAAGAAGUACCCCUCCCUGGCCAAUCGGAACGGGACAAAGUACCUGGCCAGGACUCUCAACAGACUGCUGAUGCACCACAUCCGGGACUGCCUGCCGGAGCUCAAGGCGCGCAUCAACGUGCUGGCAGCCCAGUACCAGUCGCUGCUCGGCAGCUACGGCGAGCCCGUCGAGGACCAGAGCGCCACGCUGCUGCAGCUCAUCACCAAGUUCGCCGCCGAGUACUGCAACACCAUCGAGGGCACGGCCAAGUACAUCGAGACCACCGAGCUGUGCGGCGGUGCGCGGAUCUGCUACAUCUUCCACGAGACGUUCGGCCGCACGCUGGAGUCGGUGGACCCUCUGGGCGGUCUGAACACCAUCGACAUCCUGACCGCCAUCCGCAACGCCACCGGCCCACGGCCCUCCCUGUUCGUGCCCGAGGUUUCCUUCGAGCUGCUGGUGAAGAGGCAGGUGAAGCGUCUGGAGGAGCCCAGCCUGCGCUGCGUCGAGCUGGUGCACGAGGAGAUGCAGCGCAUCAUCCAGCACUGCAGCAACUACAGCACGCAGGAGCUGCAGAGGUUCCCCAAGCUACACGACGCCAUCGUGGAGGUGGUCACCUCCCUCCUGAGGAAGCGUCUGCCCAUCACCAACGAGAUGGUCCAUAAUCUGGUGGCUAUUGAGCUGGCCUACAUCAACACCAAACACCCAGACUUUGCAGAUGCCUGUGGGGUCCUCAACAACAAUAUAGAAGAACAGAGGAGGAACAGAAUGAGGGAGCUUCCCACUUCAGUGCCCAGGGACAAGUCUGUUGGUCGAGGUGCGGCCCCCCCACUGGACAUGGACGGUGCCAAGGCCGGCGGGCCCCAGGCGGACGGGGAUGGCACGGGGAACUGGAGGGGGAUGCUGAAGAAGGGGGAGGAGGCCCCUGGCUCGGGGCCCGGGAGUCCCCUGAAGGGAGCUGUCAACCUGCUGGAUGUGCCCGUACCGGUGGCCAGGAAGCUGUCGUCACGGGAACAGCGGGACUGCGAGGUCAUCGAGCGGCUCAUCAAGUCCUACUUCCUCAUCGUGCGCAAGAACAUCCAGGACAGUGUGCCGAAGGCGGUGAUGCACUUCCUGGUGAACCACGUGAAGGACAGCCUGCAGAGCGAGCUGGUUGGCCAGCUGUACAAGUCCGGCCUCCUGAACGAACUGCUGACCGAAUCGGAGGACAUGGCUCAGCGGCGCAAGGAGUCGGCCGACAUGCUGCAGGCUCUGCAGAAGGCCAGCCAGGUGAUUGCAGAGAUCAGAGAGACUCAUCUGUGGUGAUCAAGUAGAUGUCAAGUGGACCACCUCUAGGCAUGGAGCCCGAUGAUCUGGGCUCGACUCAUCUUGUCUGAGAGAGGUCUGCUCCUAUCCCCAUAUCACAACACUGUGUCAUGAAACAAAGAAGACACCUUCCUGUCUGAAAAGAGCUGCAAGUUCUCAGAUUUGCCACGGUGAAUAUGCACUGCUGUAUCCCCGGCUAUAUUUUGGUAAACAAAUAAGUUCCCCAGCCACCCAAAAGGGGAACUAAAGUUGGCCAUGUUUAGAAAUUUAAUCUGAUACAUAUUGCUUAGGUCUGUGUUGCACUGUUGCGUUUAGUUAUUGUGAAGUAUAACACCAGGUUGUUAUUAUAAUUUCCUUUUUAAGUUAUUCUUUUCUGCGUACACAUCCACACGAGAAACUCCUGGAGGAAUUAUGAUUGAAUUCAGCUGAAGGGCAAAAAGUGUGUUUCUUUCUUGUCAGGCAACCAAGUAGCAGUAUAAUGACAGGCCGGUUUUUGUUUUUGCAGCCACACAAAGAAUUCUCGGGUAUGUUUUGGAUCUGAGAAAAUUAGAACUCGCAUCCAUAAUUCAUUUAGCUUUCUAUCUGUUGCCGGUAGCAUUUUGAAAAUGAGCGUAUUAUAAUGUGGGAAGAAGCCAGGGGAGCCCUGAAGGGGAAAGGGUUCACAGAAUUCUAAUGUGUGAGUUACUCACAGCUUUCAGCCUGUUGAACAAAAGCUACGUAGUUUACAUGCUCAAAUCACUGGACUUAGGCACAUCACUGAUUUCACUGUACCAUGCGGUAUUGUAUAGAAACAUAUGUCCAUAGGCACUCUAUGCUAAUUUAAAUACUUGUUAGGUGUGCGCGUGUGUGUGUGUGUUUGUGUGCGUGCAUGCGAGUGUGUGUGUGUGUGUGUGCAAGAGCCCAAAUCAUUGUGACCGUUCACUGCAUUAAGUUAUUUCAUUGUUUACAUUGUGCCGAAAAUAUGUGAAAUUUAGUUGUUAAUAAUGUUAUUGUCUCUAUGUGAAUGACUAUGAAUAUAAUUUCCCUGAUGAUUAAAUACAUUUAUGUUGUUGA